UUGGAAAGAUGGACACACUACUUGGUAUCUUGCUACUUUUGGCACACAUAUUAUGCCAUGCUCGAGGCUUAACAUGGGACACGUGUGUUGGAUCUAAGCAUUACGUUGAAGUAACACCAGAUGCAGACGUUACAAUAGGUGCUAUUCUCAACAUCCAUUCUCCAGGCAAAGGUAUAUAUGGUUGUGGCCCACCAACGGCAGAGGGCGUCGAAGUAUUCGAGGCCUUACGAUGGACCGUGUCAGUGUUGAACCAGAAUAGCGGAGUGAUUCAUGACCAACCUGUUGGGGAAUCAUUCAUCCCGGGGGUGAAAUUUGGAUUGAAAGUAUUCGACAGCUGUGGCCACGAGGGGGCAGCAGUGAAACAGCUUACUGAACUGUUCCCUAUUCUGCAGUCAGGAACGACGUGUUCGGUUAAACAGGAAAAUUCGUCUCUAGUCAUAGGUUUCGUAGAUAUGUCGGGUGCCAUCAAGACACCACAAGUAAUGGAAUCUCUUCACGAUUACUUUAUUCCUGGCAUUCCUCUUCACUUAUCUACUGCUGUUCCUCCAGACCAAGUGGCUAGCACUUUAGCAGAAGUGGCAGUGGACAUGAAAUGGCAGAGAUUUGCUAUUCUUCACGCUGAUGACGAGUACAGCAUCCACGUGACUAAAACGAUUGGCCAGCUCGCAAAAAGUGAUGAUCAGUUGUGUCUGACCAAACUGGAAAGUAUCCCCGUUGCAGAAACUGUAAGCAGUACCCCUGAACUGAGGGCUUACCAGAAAGUCCUGGAGAGAUUAGCAGCGCGUCUAGAAGACAAUAUGGCGGUGAUGGUAAUAGCCCACGGAGAAACACUCCGCCGACUUCUCCAGGCGAUGGCAGUAGUUUCUGAAGCGGUAAAUCGUCUUCAGUGGUUGUUUUCAUGGGUACCGGAUCCAUUAUUGCUUGCCGAUCUUGGUCAAGCACUCAACGCUAAGAACGUAUAUUCUCUGGCACCGUACCCCCGGGGAAUCCGGCAGUUGGAGGAACGAUGGGCAAGACUACAGGAUCGCAGUUCCAACUCCAUCUCCAGUCCCCAAGAUCGCUGGUUUUUGGAGUACGUUAUGGCGCGGAAGAACUGCCAAGUACGGGGCUUCAACAAGGAGGAACUUAACGAUUUACCAGUUUGCGCUAAUCUUGCCCUCCGAGAGUCUACUGGAGACGUGUUAGUUCGAACGUCCCGUGUCAUUCCAGCGCUUCAUUCGGUUUUCACUUACGCUCAUGCUUUCAGACGAGCCUGGGAAAUAAAGUGUCUGAACCAGCCUGGUAUUUGUCCUGCUUUACGCCAGAUGUCGCGCCGGGAGUUUGUUGGCCAGUACCUGGAACCAUUGGAUUUUGACCACAGCCCCAGAAGUCGAAGUCCGCCAGAAAUUACCGGAAGAAAAACACCGGAAACUCGAGCAGGUGAAAUUGAGGGUGUGAAGCUAGGGCUAACUGUGUACUCGUACGAUCAAAAUCUUGGCGUUGAACCUCAACAGGUUAUUGUUUACGACUAUACUGGAGCGAACGUUCUGGAUCCUAACUUUGAAUAUCUUCCUACACUAUGUCCAGCUACUGGCUGUAAGAACUGUGUCAAAGUUCGUGAGGGAAGAUUAGGAAAUAAAAAUUCAGAAGGAAUAGAGAUGAUUGGGAAUCCAAAAGAUAUCCUGAUUCCUGUUCUCCUUCCAAUCCACAAAUCUGGAAACUCGCCGCUUCAGUGUAGUAAUGUCGUCGAUCCUCUGGCAGUCCAGGAUCUCGAGGCAAUCUUAUGGACCAUUGACAAGAUAAAUGACGAUACAGAGUUUUUGAGUGGAAUGCAACUGGGUACUGUAGUAAUUGAUACCUGUGGGUCCUCGCUGAAGGCAACACAACGUCUGUCAGACUACCUGGCGAGUCACGUUGUACAAGGUGUCGACAGUUUGGAUAUCGAGUCGACUCUAACAUUUGUUGUAUCUGGGAAUUCUGAAGAGUCGGAAGCGGCUGCGGCUGUUUUAGGACCUCUAAAUAUCACAAGUAUUGCCACGAGUGAGGUUAAUCUUGACCGCAAGACGGCAUCUGAUAACUAUAACUUACAGGUCAAUGUACCGGUAGAAAUAAGGGUCAGAGCCACAAUAGAAGUACUGAAAUAUCUAGGUUGGAGUUUUGUGUCUAUCCUCUAUAGUGAAGACGACCAAAGUCAUCAAGCUUACAAUACUUUCAGGAAGCUAGCUAAAAGUGGAGGUGUAUGUCUGGCAGCAGAACAUGGUGUAGGGGGAGAAUCUAAAAACGAUGACGCUCAGAUGCAUCUCGCAAUUCUAAAAUUAAAAGAAGCAAAGUCUCGUGGCGCGAACGUCGUGAUCCUCUUGUUAAACGUACACGACACAAAGAUUUUCUUUUCGGCUAUUAAACAAGCAAUAGCCAGCAAAAUCAUCAGUCGGGGGGAUUUCAUUUGGAUGGGGAGUAACAAUCUAGAAAUAUUUUCAGAUUUUGAGAAAGAAGCAGCUGGAGCCCUGAUUUUCAGACAAGAACAAGGCGAAGUGAGAGAAUUUAUGACUCAUUAUCGUCGUUUGAGGCCCGAGAGUAACAAACGUAAUCCCUGGUUUCGAGAGUUUUGGGAACAGGAAGCAGGUUGUACCGACGGUGACUGUGCAAAAGUUUCAUCUACUGGCCAAUCUUUGCAAUACGUCUCGAACCCAGCAAUUAUUAACACGAUUCAAGCAGUGCUUGCCGUAGCUGCUGGCUUAGCUCGUCUGAGGGACGAGGUUUGUGGUGCCGAGAAAGGCCUGUGUCCGAGGAUACUCCAGCAAUCCAAGAUUCGUCAUACUGUUAACCAGUACAUUCGGUAUACCUCUUCUGCGAGACUUGAUGAAAAGAACGAAAUGUUCAGCUUCACAAAAGGAGGUUAUGGUGACCUCCCUGUGGAGAUUCUAAACUUGAGAAAAGGACCCACUGGCGACUUCAAUAAACAGAAGGUGGGGUCUUAUCACAAUCGACUAACUAGUCUUGUCAAUAUGGUCACCUACAACAGCGCAGAAGAUGAGAUCACAAUGGAUCACGUGUCAUCAGAAUGUCGGGUUGGUUGUGGGCGUUGCAAAGGUCAAACUUCAGACUUCUUAAUACUGGAUUCUACAGAUAAUUUCUACAUUGUUGGCACUUUCGGUGUUCAUCUGCCUAACACCAAUCCAUUGGAGUGUGGUCCCUUGAGUUCCUCCCUAGGCCUACAGAAUGUAGAGGCAUUCUUAUGGGCUUUGGAUGAGGUUAACAAGAAUGCCAAUGUUUUACCGGGGGUGAAACUUGGGGCCAUAGUUUUCGACACUUGUGGAAGCCGAGAGAAAACAGCCCGAGAUGUCUCCAAUUUCUUCAGUCGGUCCCAGAAUGACGUCAUCACACUCCCUCUAGUUAACGACGUGGCAGGCUUCGUAGCUGACCAGUCGUACGUCGUUGUGAAACCUGUAGUUGACAUAACAAUGUCGUUGAACAUAACGACAGUGGCGCCACAGGCGUCUUCAACUAUUUUCAAUGAUGUUGAAAAAUACCGUUAUCUGCUUCGGUUGUCUCUUCCAAACAACUUGUUAGCUGACAGCCUCGCGAGCCUGUUACGUCACUUCCGUUGGAAUUAUGUGUCGGUUGUGUAUUCUCACGAUAACCGACAGCAAAUUGAUGUGUUCAGGUCAUUUCAAGCUGAAGCCGAAAGGAGAGGAAUACAGUUUGCUCUAGUAGAAAAAGUGACCAGCCACAGCGAACAGGUGAACACAGCGAUGGAUAAUAUUGUGCAUCGGCUGAAAAUCAAACAAGAAGAAGGUGCCAGAGUUGUCAUUCUUCUUCUGACUACCGAUCACACUGACCAGCUCCUUACAGCGGUCAAACAGUUACAGAUGACUGGACGGAGCCACAUUGGGGACUUCAUCUGGGUGACUAUCGAUAACGUAGAGGUCUUUCACCGUUUUCCAGAGCAAUCCUUGGGCACCUUGUCUAUCCGUUCAUCCUCCAGCAUGGUCACCUCUUUCAAACAACACUUCCUCGGACUCAGCUUAAGGAACAACUCCAGAAAUCCCUGGUUUCGAGAGUAUUGGGAACAAGUCUUCAACUGUCGAGGCGCUGCCUGCUACAGCGAACUGCAUAAAAAUCUUCAGGAUGUCCCAUUUACCCAAGAACCAACCGUAGUAGAUACCAUCAACUCGGUUUUCGCGCUGACCCUUGGACUGGAAGCAUCUCGACAAAAACUCUGUCCAGGAUUUGGUCCAGGUCUUUGUCCAGAAAUGAGAGAAGAUCCGCAUUAUAGAGAUUUGAUCCUAAAUUUCACAAAGAACGUCUCUUUCACUGGAGUUGAUGGAAGCUCAGUGAAGUUCACCUCAAACCACUAUGGUGUUGGGCAGCUGGACGUCCUCAACUUCCGACAAGUUGGAAGUAACGCUCAUGCCUUCAUAACUGUUGGUAGUUAUACAGAAAAGGAAGGAUUAAGUGUGAACUUGACUCGAGUCAAAGGAUAUGACGAACACGCUCAAGAAAUUAGCUUACACAACUUUUACUCGCAAUGUCUUAAAAAUGAAAUGUGCCACGGUGGCGCCAUCUCACGGUCACCAUCUGUAAUGCAAGUUUUACCUACAGAAAACUUCGCUCUGAGUGCUUUAGUCCCAGUGCAUCAACCCGGAGAAGAUUUCUUUACUUGUGGACCACUUAACCAUGUAGAUAUAUUCCAGAACCUGGUAGCACUUUCUUAUGCUGUUGAUAAUUUGAAUAAGAACAAAACAAUUUUGCCGGAGAUAAACUUGGGGGUUCUAGUUUUUGAUUACUGUGGGCGUGAACAAAGGGCUGAAGAAAAACUUUUUAGUUACUUUGCCAAAGAAGGUAACGGCGAAACCAGUGAGUCACAAAUCAAACCAAGUGCAGUACUGGCAACGCUAACUUUUAAUGAUGGCAUUGCUGAAGAGGUUUACCCUAUUCUCCAGGCUAAUCAUAUUCCACAGAUCACUAACCCAGUUGCGUCAACACUCGUGAGACGAGAUACGAGUGUUUCUCUGACUUUGAAAACAGUUCCACCAGUCAUGAGUCAAAUCCAAGCUGUUAUAGGUCUGCUAAACAAGUUUUCCUGGCACUACGUUCACGUGAUUCAUUCCAACGAUGACUUUGGAAGAGAGGCACACUGGGAACUCGUGAAAGGAGCGAAAGAAAGCGAGAUUUGUAUCUCACGAGCACUGCUUGUCAAUCCAGGGUCUUCUUCGAAGGACAUCGAAAACCAGCUGACAUCUCUGUCAGAUCCAAACGCUCGGGUAAUUAUACUGCUAUCUGAUGAUGGUCUCCUUACACGGAGCGUCUUGCAGGCGGCUAGCGAUCUCAACCUUCUGAAUCACUUUGUUUGGAUUGGUACGGAAGGAUGGGGAACUGAUUCUAAGAUAGCGGAACUCGUGGAAGACACUGUGGUCAAUGCUUUCACGGUGAAAAUGGAAAGUUACGACAUUCCCGAGUUUAAAAGCUACUUCGGUGCAAUGACGCUUGGAAAGCACGAGCCGAUCCCAGAUGCAUGGUUUGAGGAGUUUUGGCAACACCAUUUUCGUUGUCAGCUCGCGAAUAGCCAAGUAGUCCAACGACAGUACCCAGAUGUUUGUAGUGGUCAGGAAAGACUGAAUGAGGAGAACUUUAAACAAGACAAGUACGUUUACCACACUGUCACUGCUGUCAAUGCCAUUGGUCGGGGUCUUCAUUCGUACCUCCGAACUCACUGUAUUCAUGGUGAUGCUGCCAUGAGCAUAGAAGAUUGUGGAGAGAACGCUCGAGAAAUGUUGACCACAGAAAUUAAGACUGAACUAAUGGGCCAUAAUAUGGACUGUGAGGAAUGCGAAAGUUCAUCAGAAUCAGCUUUUGGAUACCAAAUAUUUAGCUUAAAGAAAAAUAACGAGAGCAAGAAGAAGAACUACGUUCAGGUUGGUAUAUGGAAGAACGGAAGGCUACAACUUCAAGAGGAACAAGUUACCUUCUCUAACGGAGAGACUCCGACGUCCCUGUGUUUCGGAACUUGUCAAGAAAAAUGUAGUAAACAGUUCGGGGACGUCAAAGCCGACAAUUUAUUUCAACCAGGACCAAUAUAUAUGAAUUUCAAGACAGUUUGGGGAAUAAUAGUAACGGCACUGUCCUUGUUGGGAAUAGCAUUGGUGGUCAUCUGUGCUUCGUAUUUCUUGAUGGCUUUUCCCGUGACCGUUGGUACCACCGUACUUGGUUACCUGAUCUUGUUCGGUCUUCUUAUCUUAUACGCCGUUAAUUUUUCCUUCAUUCUAGCGCCCACGGAGAGUACUUGCGGUGUCCGGAGGUUUGUAAUGGGCUUGGCCUACGCUAUCGUUUUUUCCGGGAUGUUGGUUAAGGUUAUGAACGCCUGGCGGUUGAUGGGUUAUAAGGGUAACCGUAUGCUGCAUGACGGAACUCGCCUCACGAGUCCUGCUGGACUUUUGAUGGUGGCCGUUGGCCUGGUAGUCAUCCAGGUGAUCCUUGCAGCGGCUUGGUUGGUGCUGAUGCCGCCUAAGAUCGGGGUGUACGAGAGGGUGUGGAGAUGCGCGCCACCUACCACCUUCGAGGCCGAACUGAUCAUCUCGCUAGUUUACGUAAUGCUGCUGCUAGCGCUCUCCAUCCUCUUCUCUAUCCUCACGUGGCACUGUGCUGAUAACAACCGGGAGUCUCGCUGGAUACUAGUGUGCUGUGUGCUGAUGGCCUUGGUCUGGUUGGCCUGGACCAUACUUUGCACCCAACUACCGCUGGCUUAUCGAGACACGACAAUAAUUGUUGCCAAUCUGGUGUGUGCAACAAUAGUUAUGUUGUGUCUCUACAUGCGCAAGGUGUACCUCUACAGCAAGUUGACCCGCCAAGCACGAGACCUGGAGGUGAAGACCCGACUCCACCCAACACAAUAUGCUCCUACAAUGUUUGGGGCACUGGGGAAAAGCAACGUGGCACCUAUCCUGUACGGUUCCCAAGCAUCGUUGAAUAAUAAGAAAAUCUACAGUCAUGGCCCUGCCAGGAUAGUUUUGGAAAAUGCGCAGUCAGAGGGCGGUAGCUCCACGAGCUCAGUUCAAGUGCAAGGAACUGACUUGUAUCCAUUGGAGAUGUACGACGGUGGAAGCCAGUUUCAACCGGGACCGGUGUUUGAUGGAAAUAAUUUUUUAAUCUUAGACGACAACGUGACGUUUUCGAGGUAGAGAAGGUUGGACAAGAGAAAACUGUCAAUAUGACCAGCGAAGUUUGUCUUUCUUAUUCUAAGCCAGUGUUUGAGAAACCUUCCAUUCAGUUUAAAGUGGGCGUGUUCAAAAUACAAAAAACAAACUUUAAACUCUAACAACACCGUUUCUAGAAACAGUUAUAUGUUGUAUCACACUUUAAUAAGUACAUUUACUGACUUUCUGCCAUUCUGGAGAAAGUAUGAAAAAACGACAAUUCACAGAAAGUAAAACAGAAAACUUGAUUUGUUCACCGUAUAACAUAUCUCAUUUUAAAUUAUGACAAAUAUUUUGGAGGUAAUUGGAAGUGGGCUUGUAUAAAAAAAUAUAUAUAUAUUUACUGUAUAACACGUGGUUUAGUCAUUAUGUCAGAUAUAUAUAUAUAAUUUAACCUAAUUUGAAUACGUUCAAGGUGUUUAUAUAUUAAAUAACAAACGAUUGACAUGUCAUAUCAUUAACAAUUUCAGAUUAUAUCCGAUAGAAUUAUUGGACAAUCUGUUUACUUGGUUUUUUAUGAUACUCGGGAUGGAAAUGAAGGACCAGACAGCUUGUACUUGUUUUUACCGAUGGUAACUGGUGACAUUUAUACGCUGUUCUCAAUCAUAAGAAUAUUUUCCAUAUAUAGAUAUAUACGCUUCUUCUUCACCUUAGCUCUGUAACUGAGUUUAUGUAUUGGUUAAAACGUGUAGAAACGUCAGACGGUUUGAUUGCGGGAUAUAGGAGAGCCGCAAAUCGUACAAGGCCCAAUAGCUCAAGCUGUAAUUUCCCAGGAAUCAAAGCCUGAUUUACUAGAAAGUGUGUUAACUCAGUAUCAACCAGUUUCGUUCGGAGUGUCCAUUUUGUAGUAAUACGUUUCCAUGUUAGCUUUUCUUGCGUUUGAUAUACGACAGACCUGACGUUCUGCACAUGCGCAACCGUUUAUAAACGAUUUUCUCGAGAUAUUCCCUUCCAGUGUUUAAUUAAUGGUAAUAUUAACGACUUUCUCGCUGUAAUUAAGAAUAAACAGUUCUUGUCAGCUAACUGUUAUUGCGGUACUGUUUUAUGUUGCAGAAAUUAAAGGCAAAACAAAAACAGUAGCGGAUCUGCACGUGAAAUAAGUAGGCUUAGGGCGCUCUAGUGCUAGACACAACUUGAAUCAUGGUUGCCAGGAUUAAUAACGAAGAACUGGUUGUCGGGGGAAGGGGGGGGGGGAAGAGGAGGAAUUAUGUCCAGUGCUGUAGUUAAGUGUUAGAGGUGAAUCUUAACAAGGGUUACUCAGGUACGACGGUUACACGUAUAUUAGAAGGUUAUUUAACCAGUAAAACAGGAUGUUUUCCACUAAUGGCUUGUACAACUUCCAUAGCUCUGAGGUUUUUUUUUACAGCUGUAUAAUAAUUGGGAUGUGUGUAGUUACAGAUUUAUGUCCGUGUUUAUAGAUACUAACUCUCGCGUAUGGUUAACGAAAUUUAUUUUAUUUUUUACAUGAUUUUUGUUAUGUAUGUUAUUAUUUUGUACUUAACCUAUAUUGUAAUGUUAUUUAUGAACAGGCAAAUACUAAUGUUGUUGUUUUUUUUAAUAUAACUUUCAAUAAAGCUCAGAAAUAGUGUUUAUUAACCAAAAUAAGGACAUUAUACAUAGUAGAAACAGACAAGUUGUCAGUACUCACGUUUCGGUAUUAGGGCUGUUGUUUGUUUAAUUUUUUUAACAUAUAUCAACGUAAAGCAAUAACCAAAGUUCUUGGCUUAGGAACUUGCCGAGAUUUUCGGUAAUUCCAAUAAUAUUGUCUUACUGAACAACAAGUAUUCGUUUAAAUAUUAAUCAUUAUAAAAUCUGUGAUCUGUGUUGUAUAAUAAUAUCUACUUAAACGGCCACCCC